AUGCUAAUCAGAGUCUCACAGGCCGACCCGAACGGCCAAUCUCACGCGACUCGCAAUGCAAACACCGCGAGACAUUGGGAGGCCAUGGCCAUGUCCAAGGAGCAAGGCCUUGCUGACGACGAGCUGGAGCGGAUCAGGCACAUGGCCGAGUCCAGACCCGCAAAGGUUCGAUUCACUGGCGGGAUGUUUACCUCCGGGCCACUCCGAGGUGUUCGCGUGGAUGGCGCGCCAUCAUUCUUCAACGAGAGCGACGGAAGUAUAAAGAAGAAUUUUCGCUGGGUUACAAGCGCACGAAUGCAGAAGCGAUCCAGGAGAUCGACAAGGCGGCCAAGAAUCGCGCCGUACAGCAAUACACGGUUCUUGCCAACGGAUGCCGAAAUCAACCAAGGCUUUGUCGAAAUUAAAUGCAAUGAGUACGAUGUGGAUCCCACAUACAUCGAACCGCAUCUACAGCAGUGCGACCUCUGCACCAAGAGUCUCUGCAAAUGUAUCGUGGAUAAGGUACGAUCAGAUGUGCCGGAUAUCGUGCCGGCGGGUAGCAUGGGAGAAGGCGUUCGAUCCAAUACUACAUACGAGGAGGGAGAUCUGCUCGGGGAGUUGGUAGGAGAACUGGUCCCGAUCGGCACCUUUGAAGAUGGAUGGGCCUGCGAGAUGGCAAGGGACGAUCUGUCGGACGAGGGCGAGCUGAAGACGGUUUGCCAGGUAUAUCCUCGGUUCAUGGGGAACUGGGCUCGAAAGGCCAAUCAUUCGUGCGAAUACAAUGUCCAAUUCGUGGACAGGAGGAUUUCUGGAAGGUGGCGCGUUAUGGUGGAAGCCAUGGUGGAGAUCGCCCCGGGCGACGAUAUCUUGAUCAACUAUGGGGAUAAUUUCUGGGCUGCAGGAGUAGCCGAGUGUCUUUACGGGAGCGCUCGGUGUGUUAGUAAAGGAGACCCUCGAGAUACAGAAUAG